AUGAAGAGGGGCCUGUUCAAGAAGGGCCAGUCGUACAGCGACCUGCCGAUCUCCCGCCCCACCAACGCCAUCGACAGAGCCAUCCUCCAGCGAAGCGGCGAAGAUGAAAAAUCGAGUAGCAAUGGAAGCAAUGCGACGGCGGAGGCGAACGCCAUGCUCAAGCUGAAGCAAUCGGUGGCCUUCUCGACCUCUGCCACGGGGACCACCACAUCGAGCAGCAAGGACAAGAUCAGCCUGGAGGGCCUCAUGAUGUCGCCUCGUGGUGUUCCUCCAUCGGGCGCAUCGUCAUCUUUCGAGGACUUGGCGCGAUUCGUCGAUGAUGGCGACGCCAAGAAGCUCAAGAAGAAGGAGAAAGGCGGCAGCAGCUACAAAAGGGAGAAGAAGGAGAAGAAGGAGAGCGGCAGUGGUGGAUCGAAAAAGGAGAGCAAGAAGAAGAGCAAGGAGAAGGACGGCUUGAUGAACAGCGGCGGCAAAAAGAACGAAGGGAGCGGAUCGAAACAGCCGGCGGUUGGCAAGUACGUGCCACCGCCGCCCUCGGCACCGCCCGAGUGGGCCAAACAACUGCCCACGCCCAUGGAGCAGAACCGCUUCGUGCUCGACCUCAGCCCCGACGACAAGCACCAGCUCAAGAGCGGCCUCAAAGACCUCGAGGCGAAGAAGAAGGGGAAGGCGGGGAUGACCAAGGCCCACAGCUCGACCAACAUGAAGCAGCACUACACAAUGCCCUCGAUCGUCAUCGCUGCGGGCACCAGCAACAAGCCGGCCUUGUCGCCGCGCCGCCGCCCUGCCGACGACAUCCGCAUCUCUGCUCCUCGAAACUUCCGCAAUCUGAAGGUGGGCGGACUCUUUGGGGUGCCGCUCGAGGUCGCCAUGCGCGGCUACCCCGAGUGGCAGGUGCCGCCCUUCCUCGAGCUGCUGUGCCUCCACAUCGAGCACCUGUUCCUCUCUCUGGAAGGCAUCUUCCGCAUGGCCGGUAAUGUGGACGAGACGAAGCUGUUCAGGGACAUGGUGAACAACGGGGAGCAGGUGGACCUGUUCAAGACCUCCAACGGCUACGUGGAAGAGCUGCAGGUGCUGUUCAAGGAGGUGCCGCAGUACAACAAGUUUACCCUCAAGCGCAUCCUCAUGUGCCUCUCCAAAGUGGUCGAGGAGUCGGCGGAGAACAAGAUGGACGCACCCAACCUCGCCACCAUUUUCGGACCCAGCUUCUUCCGCCCACCACCUUCAGCGAUGACGAGCGACAGAGCUGCAAUUGAAAAGCAGGUGGCCGACACAAAAUAUGUGAACGAGCUGACCAUCACCCUCAUCAAACACCACGACACUAUUCUCAAGGAAGUGGAGUACCGACCCUACUAUAAAUACUACGCCAAGGUCACCAAGGCCUACAAGCCACGAACCAACGAGGACCUCGAGCUGGUGGAAGGCGACAUGAUUGUCAUCACCGGCACUGCCAAGGGGACUCUGUUCAUGGGCGAAAGUCGGGAGGCCGCGGGCUUCUUUCCAAUGGCCAACGUCUCCUUGCUCAACGGCAAAUCGGCAGCCAGCAUAGACGAUGAGGAGGUGAAGAUGCGACAACGAACGAUAGUGGCGCGAAACAAGCAGGAGAAGGAGGAAGAGGAGUCGGAAGGCGAGAACAAGAGCGAAAGCGAAAAGGAGAAAGAGAAAGAGAAGGAGGGGGCCGACAAGCCGAAGCAGGUGAGGAUCGACCUGCAGGCGCGGAUGGAAGUGUUCAACCGCGACGAAAGCCCGACGCCCGCGUCACCGCGAAGGCCGGUGCAGGUCGACAGUCCGAGCUACCUGGCGCGUGCGCGCGAGACCUUCAAGUCGCUCGACCAGCAGGAGGCCAGCGCGCCGAGCAGUCCAGGGAAGGACCCCAAGCCCACCUAA